CAGGGAACCCUGCUUGCUGGCUACCCAGCUGGCAGAAAUGUCGACUGCGCUGUAUGUUUGUUCUUCGGUAGCGCUGGUACCCCUAAUGCUGGAUAGCACGCGUCUGUCUGUAAUACAGCAGGUUCCCGCAUUGAUCUGGCUACCCAGAACAGUGUGAGUUGCAAGGAUAUGCUGAGUUGCAAGGAUGCUGUCGAAUCUCAACUUUGUUCUGCACUGUGUAAGUUAAUGAAUUCUAUCGUGGCUGGCAAGGUGCCGGAGGAGCUGCGACCUGUUUUCUUUGGCGCGAACCUGAUUGCCCUGUCUAAGAAAGAUGGCGGUGUUCGGCCUAUUGCUGUGGGUAACGUUUUACGAAGACUUGCAGCCAAGAUUGUCACGAAGCAAUGUGGUAAGAAAGCGAAGGAAUUAUUUACUCCUACUCAAGUUGGAUGUGGCACACGCGGUGGAGCGGAAGCAGCUGUACACGCCGUUUGGAGUUUUAUCAAUGAUGAGCACGACGGCCUUCGGGUUCUUUUUAAAAUUGAUUACAGAAAUGCUUUUAACACCGUCCGCCGUGAUGUUAUGUUGCAGUCUGUAUUAGAGCACUUUCCCGAAUAUUAUCCGUUUGUUUUGAGUGCGUAUGGAGCGCCUUCUACAUUAUCAUGCAAUGGCAGUGAUGAGGAUUUGUCUUCCGCCACGGGUAUCCAGCAGGGUGAUCCUAUGGGGCCAUUGCUUUAUUGUCUCGUUGCACUUCUGUUCUGCAUUAGCUUGUCCUCGAAACUGAGGGUGUUUUUCCUGGACGACGGUGCACUGGGAGGUACGGUGGAAGAAGUGGCGAAUGACCUGACAUCAAUCAUCGCCGCCAGCAGCGCCGCCGGACUGCAGUUGAACCCAGCGAAGUGCGAAAUGCUCCCGAUUGGUGGAAGUGCUCAAGAACGCGAGGUGGCCAGGAACAGGCUGCAUUCAAUUGCUCUCGGUGCGAUUGUUUUGCAGCCUGAAACGGUAACGUUUCUUGGUGCACCAUUAACUGACGAGGCCAUAACCGACUUAUUGCAACAGAAAAUUGCUUCGUUGAAAAUUUUUAUAGAGCGCGUGCAAUUGCUAAACGCCCAUCAUGGAUUCUACAUCCUGCGGAACUGCCUGUCCAUCCCGAAGCUCAUGUAUACGCUGCGCUGUAGCCCUUGCUGGAAAGUGUCGGAGCUUCUGGAUGAAUUCGACAAGCACGUUAAAGAAGGCCUAGAACAGAUUACUAACACCAAACUGGACGGACGUGUAUACACGCAGGCUAUGCUCCCUGUUGCCAAAGGUGGUUUGGGUGUGCGACGAGCGAAAGCAUUGGCUCCUUCAGCCUUUUUGGCUUCCAUGUUUGCAACUCGUCAGCUGACAUCAAAGAUCUUUAAUGGCAGUAGCGAGCAGUUGGUCAAUGAUGCGUGUGAAUCUUGGAAACUCGAGUCCGGUUGUGAAGAGCUACCUCUAGACCUGGCCCGUGUCCAUCAAUGUGUAUGGGAUAACGCCGUUAUUCAGAAGGAUGUCGACACAUUGUGGAGGAACAUUGGUGACAAUAAACAGGAGGAAGCACGCUUGAGGGCAGUCAGCACUAAAUACGCAGGGACUUGGCUUAGCGCUCUUCCGGCGAAAGUAUUUGGCAAUUUUUUGGACGACCAAACAUUUCGCAUUUCCGUUGGCCUAUGGUUAGGUGCUAAAAUUGUUGAGGGCCAUUCGUGUACCAGAUGUGGAAAAGAUGUAGCAGAAAACGGUUAUUAUGGGCUUGCCUGUAAGAAGUGUAUCGGAAGAAGGGAGCGCCAUAACGGUAUAAACGACAUCAUACUGAGAGCCCUCUGCAAUGCCGGAAUCGAGUCGUAUCCGGAGCCCGUGGGUUUUCUGCGAGAGAACGGAAAACGACCGGACGGAGCCACAAGUUGGAAAUGGUACCGCGGACAGCCGUUAGUGUGGGACGUGACGUGCAGAGACACGAUGUGCGAUUCAUACAUCGAUGCGACUUCAAAGUGUGCUGGCGCCGCCGCCGAACUGGCUUGCCGGGAGAAGAUUGGAAAAUACAAGUCGCUUACUGAUCGCUGCAAUUUUGUCCCCUUUGCAUGUGAGACUUUUGGCACUUGGUGCGAGACCGGCAUUGUUACGUUAAAGGAGAUUGGAAAGAAGCUGUUUUUAAGGACGGGCGAGAGCCGCUCUACUUGUUUUUUGUUUCAGCGUUUAAGUUUGGAAAUAAUGCGUGGGAAUGCCAUGAGUGUGUUAUGUACGGUCCCUUCUCGUGCCAACUGGGACAAAUUUUUCAUUUGAAUGUAUUUUUGUAAGCGAUGCUCGUCUCCGUACAUAUUGCAAAUAAAGUUUACAUCAUAGGA